CUCUUCCUGAAUUCAGUGAGAGACUUCCUCUUGGCUCACAGAUGGGUGCUGCAAAGACUGAAGAGGCGUCCAAGGGCAUGCUGAAGACAGAGCCCGCUACUCCAGACUGCCUGCAAGAAGUAGACAUGGGUAAAAAGCUCCAAGGAAAAUGUCUCAGAAUUGCCUCCCUUGAGUCUCCUGCUAUGCUUUACAUCAGCUAUGUAGUGAUCACAGUCCUCACUGUAGCAGUAAUUGUGCUUUCUGUUGCUUUGGCAGUAAGAAAGAAUGAACAGACACCAGUGAAAAACACCUAUGCUGCUUGCCCAUUACACUGGAUUGGAUUUGGAAACAAAUGUUUUCAUUUUUCUGAAUCCACAAGUAACUGGACCUUCAGCCAGACCUCCUGUGUGGCACAAGAGGCACAACUUCCUCGAUUUGACAACCUGGAGGAGCUGGGUUUCCUAAGGAGAUACAAGGGGACUUUGGACUACUGGAUCGGUUUGCACAGAGAGUCACCACAACUCCCUUGGAGAUGGACAGACAACACUGAGUAUAACAGCACGUUUCCCAUCCGGGGAAAGGAAAACCAUGCCUACCUGAACAACAAUGGGGUCAGCAGUGCCAGGGUCUAUGCAGAUCAAAGAUGGAUCUGUAGCAAACCCAACAGCUAUACCCUCCAGUGCUAAAAUUCUUUUUCUCCUUUCUAGCCUUUGCCAAAACAUGCUUUUAGCCUGUCAUCUACAGUUGCUUCUCUUUCACAUCUUCCCACAUUGCUAUCAAAAGGAACUUAGAAUAUUCUUGACAUCCCAAAUGAAAACCAUCUUGAAGAAGUGCACAUACAGGGGAUUAGUAGAACAUGGUUGAGUCUAACAUAGAUGUCGGCACUCAGACCUUAAGUGUAAAGUACAAUUGUGUUAGUGAAUCCCACUUUUACUUUUGUGCAGAGAAGUCUUUCUUUUGAGUCUAUGAGACCACAGAAAUGAGUUCCCAAAAGUGUGUGUGGAUGUUAUAUGGUGACAGAUACCUGUAAGGUGAGCUACUUAAGGGUUGAAACAGGAGAGUCACAGGUUCACAAGUGAGAAGUGAAGUAUGGGAAAGCUCCCAUAAUGAUAGGAAAGAUAGGAAUCUGUAGCAUCUGAUAAUUUGGGAAACAUAUUGUACGUUCCUUUCAAAAUUUAUAUCAACACACAGAAAAUUUAAAAUUUAAAUGAAUUUGAAAUUUAAAAUGUAUUUGAAACUAAAAUUUAAUUUAUGCUCUUUAAAACUUAAGAGACCCUGGCAAAAUUUUCUUCAUUUUUUAA